UAAUCGAGCUCUUUUAUGACCUGGCCUCCACACUCACUCCACCCAGGCUGCUCCACUCAUCUGCCUCUCCCGUUUGGAUUAGAAAAGACACAGUUUUCAUCUUGUUGUAUUUUAAGUCUUCUUUUAGUCACCAUGCCGUCCACGCAGAAGAUCACGUACUUCAUGGGGUGCGCGUGCUGCACCGCUGUCUCCGUGGCGCUCUUGGGCUUCGCCAUGUCGCAGACGUGGGCUCGGACGAAGCUGGAGUGCACGGCCAGCGGCACAGACGUCUUUAACGGGUCCGGGGUCAUCACGUGGGACCUGUUCUCCGGGACGUUUGACCGGGAGUUCUGCCCGUUAAUCGGAACAACCAUAAAAUUUAAAGUGUUCACGCAGCUUCAGGACACUGGCGCCCCCAUUAUCCUGUACGGUCUGGUUGUGUUAUUGCUGUCCGUGUCGCUGCUGUUCUCCGCUCUCAGUAUCCUCAUCGCGCUCUACAACAGCGUCAGUAAUCCUUAUGAGACCUACAUGGGACCUAUAGGCCUCUACAUCUGCAGUGCACUCAGCGCCGGCCUCUCCCUGUUGGUCCUCAUCCUGUUCGCGGUGGCGGUCAGUGCGACAGACAUGGCGGAGAAGGUGGUUGUUAAAGAAGCAACCGGCACUCCGGUGGAAAUGAGGAACAAACAAGCAACGUUCCAGCUCGGAUACUUCCUGGUCAUCCCUUACGUCGUCCUGUCUCUGGUGUCCAUCGGGGUCAUCUACCUGUACGACCACGCGGCGUACACCCACCGCCGCGAGCAGCAGAGGCCGACCGAGGAUGCGCCCAAAGAAAUCAUGAUGUACUGAAGUGUCUGGGAUAAUUAUGAGAACUUUUUACAUUUUAGAGAAAUACAGCAUUUUAAAGAGGACACAUGGAGCACAGCUGAUGUUAAAACACUGUUCCCUCAUCAAAAACGUACCUGGAGUUGUGUUUUGUUUCAUUCACACUUCUUUCAUUAAUCCUGUUUACAAGGUUUUCUUCCUCUGCGCCUCAGAAAUCACAGUUUUUCUUAUAAACUUUAAAUUAACAAAAAAUCUGUGCAGUUCUGGGAAUAAACAUCUCUAUUAACACCACAUUUUUCAUAUUUUUAAUCGCUGUUCUAAUGUUUCCUCAUCACAAACAGAACAGUUGUGUUGUGUUUUGUUUCAUUCACACAUGUUUAACACACACAUUUAGGCUGAAAACACUCUGUUCCACCUUGUGAUGUCAUCAUGUGGCAAUACAGGAAGUGCUCCACUGUGUUGUUAAACUCCACACACCUUCACUA